GGCAGGGGCAGAAAUUUGUGGAUUAAUUUUCACACACGGCAUCCUGAGAAUACUGAAGCAUAUACCCCAAAUCUCGAUAACAAAACAAAAAUGGUCCGUCACUCUCUCACUUUUUAACAUUUAAUCCUUUCGGUUAACCGCGAACGAAUUCCCUCACAAAAUAAUCACAAAAUAAUCUCCUUCCCAAUAUUUCACCCCCAUUCGGUGGCUCACCGAUCGACCAAAUUAGGGCUUCGGAAGUGAUGAUGCUCUAAAUGGAUUAUGGAAUCAUUGCAACAGAAGGUGGAGUCAUGGAUCAGAGACGGGCGGAUGAACAUCUUCAAGGUCACCUGGCCGCCGCAGUGGCAGUGGCCAAUGGUGGUUCGGUGGCCUUGGACUCAAGGGAGGGAACAAAGGAAGCGUAUUCAGGAAGAAGUUGUUCGGAGGAAGAAACAGUUACAGGAUCUCUGUUUCGCCCUCAAGGCAGAGACUGUUUCUGAUUUGCAGGAGAUUUUGUGCUGCAUGGUGCUCUCCGAGUGUGUUUAUAAGAGACCUGCUUCUGAGUUGGUCAGAGCAGCAAACAUAUUCAAGGCAGAUUUUGGAGGUCAACUUAUUUCUUUGGAGCGUGUUCAACCUUCAGCUGAUCAUGUUCCGCAUAGGUAUCUAUUAGCAGAAGCUGGAGAUACGUUAUUUGCUUCCUUUGUUGGCACAAAGCAGUAUAAGGAUGUCAUGGCUGAUGCAAAUAUAUUUCAAGGUGCCAUAUUCCAUGAAGAUAAAGUGGAGGACACUUCUGGGACAGAAUCUGCUGAGAGCAGCAGCCAAUGCAGCAAUGGGGAGAAUAACACAAAAUUUGUGGAAUCCAUUGCCAGGCUUCCAAAAUCUGGACCUAAACCAGCCGCUCAUCGGGGUUUCAUGGCCCGGGCUAAAGGAAUACCAGCAUUGGAAUUAUAUAGACUUGCUCAGAAAAAGAAAAGGAAACUUGUUUUAUGUGGACAUUCACUUGGAGGAGCUGUGGCUGCCUUAGCGACACUCGCUAUUUUGAGGGUAUUUGCUGCUUCAUCAAAAGAACAUGAAAGAGUUCAAGUGAAGUGUAUCACGUUUUCUCAGCCUCCUGUCGGAAAUGCGGCAUUAAGAGACUAUGUAAAUGUAAAAGGGUGGAAGAAUUAUUUCAAAACAUACUGCAUCCCAGAGGAUCUGGUGCCGCGUAUCCUGUCUCCUGCAUAUUUUCAUCACUACAAUAGCAUGGAGUCUGCCCAGUCAUCCGAUGCCGGAACUUCACCAUUGCCUUCAAAAACUGAUGAGAGAUUUGAAAAGCAGAAAUCUGAGAAGGAAAAAGAUAAUGGAGGGGAGAAAUUGGUCCUUGGUUUGGGACCUGUUCAGAGCUCUUUCUGGAGGCUUUCAAGACUUGUACCUCUAGAGAGUGUUAGAAAACAGUUGUUUUCGUAUGGAGGAAGUAAAUUGGGUCCUGCUGCAAACUCUAUAGCUGUUGAUUCAAGUACAACAUCUUCAAUCGAUUCUAUUGUUGGUUCUCCUCAAUCGCUUGAAAUCCAAGAGGAUUCCGAUGGAAUUUCUCUCCGGCCAUUGCCUGAGACUGAUGAUGAGACAACUACUGAAGUGCAAACUGGAAAAUCAUUGGGGAAAAGCACUACAAAGAACGGGAACAAGAGGGCAUGGCAGAAAAUACCUGCCUUGCCGUCUUAUGUCCCUUUUGGCGAGCUAUACCUAUUGGGGAAUUCAUCUGUGGAAGCACUAUCUAGCUCAGAGUACUCGAAGUUGACUUCAGUCAGAUCGGUGAUUGCUGAAGUGAAGGAAAGAUUUCAGUCUCAUUCAAUGAGGUCAUACAGAUCGAGAUUCCUCAGAAUAUAUGAACUCUGCAUGAAUGACAAUGAGCCAUCCUUUUUUGGGCUGGAACAGGUCCAGCAAUUUCCCCAUUUACAGAAGUGGUUAGGUGUUUCCACUGCCGAUACUAUUCAGUUGGGGCAUAUUGUUGAAACUCCAGUUGUUCAUGCAGCUACAUCAAUAGUUCCGCUUGGAUGGAAUGGCGUUCCUUGCGGGAAGAAUGCAGACACAUUGAAAGUGGACAUAUCUGGUCAUGGGUUACACCUAUGCACAAUGAUUAGAGCUCGAGUUGGUGGAAAAUGGUGCUCAACAAUAGUAGAAGCAUUUCCUUCACCACCAAGCUUUGCUCAGAACCAUGGAUUACAACCAGAGAUACAGAAGAUGAGGAUAAUUGUUGGUGGUCCUCUGAGGAAUCCACCAAAGCAUCAGAUAGAGGAGACUAUAACGCCUGUGUUUCCUUCUCUUGCCUCAACUUCCACCAGUCUUAAGAUGAAUCAAAAUGUUUCAACUCUUGAUGAAGGGAAGUUUGUCUGUCCUGAUGACUUAAGUGAUUUUAUGAUACUUUGCACGACGGAUUUUUCAACGGUUUCCAAGCCGGUUUAUACUAGAACCCGCAGGGUUAGACUAGUUGGCCUUGAGGGGGCUGGUAAAACCUCUCUCCUUAAAGCAAUUUUAGAACAAGAGAGAACAACUAGUAGAAUUAGCAGUGAUGAUUUGCAUUUGGAUGUUGAUGUUCAAGAAGGCAUUGCUGGUGGCUUGUGCUAUUCAGAUUCAUCAGCAGUGAAUUUGCAGAAUUUAAACUGGGAGGCAUCUCAUUUCAGGGAUGAACUCUGGAAGGGAAUUCGGGAUCUAAGUAAGAAAACUGAUUUAGUUGUUCUUGUGCACAACCUGUCCCACAGAGUACCGCGCUAUAGACUUCCAGACUCAUUAAGUGAACAACCUGCUCUUACACUUCUUUUGGAUGAGGCCAAAUCUCUUGGGAUACCUUGGAUACUUGGUAUAACAAAUAAAUUCUCGGUGAGUGCACAUCAACAGAGAGCAGCUAUAGAUGCAGUGCUGAAGGCAUAUCAGGCAUCUCCAAGCACAUCCUCUGUCAUUAAUUCAUGUCCAUACAUUACGUCUACUGGUGCUUCUGUGUCUUGGGAAUCUGACGACAAUGACUCUAAUAAGAAGGAAGGAUCAAAAAAUCUUUUUUUCGCGCCUAUCAAUUUUUCUUGGAGACCUUUCGAGAAGAAACCUGCCAUUCUCCCAGUUGAGGGUGUUGCUGCCUUUUGUCAACUCAUUCAUGAAGUGCUCCGGAAACACGAGGAAGCUGCUUUUCAGGAACUUGCACGAGACAGGCUUUUUGUGGAGUUGGCUCGUGCUCGUGCAAGUUUAGCCCGCUCGAAUCAAGAUGCUCAGGCCAAGGCAAGCUCUUUGACAUCCGCAGCUGUUGGUGCUUCACUUGGAGCUGGUCUAGGCAUUGUGUUGGCGGUUGUAAUGGGGGCAGGAUCAGCAUUGAGGAAACCGUAGGAUGAAUAUUCUCGGCACUUAGUGUCGCCUAUGCAAAGGUUUUGCAGGUGUAUAGAUUUGGAUUUUCUGUUUAGAGACCCCAUCAUUGUUUGUGUAUAGAGCAAAGUCAGGUUGGCAAGAGUCAUUUGCUCCUAUUGUCGACUUUAUAUUAUCCAUCGAAUUCAAAUUUUUUUUUUUUUUUC